AUGAGGAUUCUUUUACUUUUUCUACUUGUAUUGGCACUGCCGAUAUCCUCGAUAAAUUGUUCGAGCUUGUCAGAAUCUCCACUAGAACUAGUAAAAGAAAGAUCAAAAUUGGAUCUUACUACACACCCAGUAGAUGAACGAGCGUGCAAAGAAAAGCUACUCAAAACAUUUUCUUGCCACAAGUUAUACUCUCUUCUUAUUAAAGUUAGGUAUAUAUAUUCAAAAUUAAUAUCUAUAUUAAGAUACCUAUUUAUUUAUGCAAGAGAAUCUGACAUUAAACUAGAUAAUUUUGAAGAACUUGUAAAUAGUGAAAUUGACAUGCUCUCAUUAGAAAGUGUUGCAGUAACCUCGAUGUUUUAUAAAAAAUCAUGCGAAAAAGUUUACCCAAAAGCUGUAAUUCCGAUAAUUAGUCGAUUUGAUACAAACAUUCUCAGACAUCAUAAAGCUCCUCUUAAAAGCCAAGAGUGUGAUAGUGCAUAUGUGUCUUAUACACUCGAAAUCUUGUUUAGAAAAGUUCGUAAGGUAAAGAGAAUUCUAAAAAGAUCUAGCCAACUUACAACUUUGAAAUUUUGCCUUACAAGGUAUACGUAUAACUUACACAAACUUGCUGAAUUUUGUCAAACCGUAUUUAAAGCCUUGAUUAGAGCUAUACUUAAAGCGCAUCCAGGUGUAAGUAAGUUUGUUACGUAUGCAAGAUCGAAAACGCGUCUCUCUUCAGGUGGAUAUGAUACUUCUUCCUCUUCUUCGGAAGAUGAACGUUAUGAUAUGUUAUUCGAACAAAUAUACAGUAAUAUGUCUGGCGGUACAUCUGGUGGCUCUUCUGACGGUGCAUCUGGUGGCUCUUCUGACGGUGCAUCUGAUGGUGCAUCUGGUGGUGCAUCUGGUGGUGCAUCUGGUGGUGCAUCUGGCGGUGCAUCUGGCGGCACAUCUGGCUGUUCAUAUAGGAAUGAACCUAUAACUCACAGAUCAUCUAGAGGAGUCACUACUAGUUCGAAAGCUGUUUCUGAUGCGCCUAUUCAAAAAAAGCGACAAAAAUGUACAUGCACAACUAGAUCUAUUGUAAGACGUGAGUUAUGCCCUUUUUGUACAGAAAAGAACGAAGAGAAAGAGAGAGAGAAAGAGAAAGAGAGAGAGAAAGAGAAGGAGAAAGAACAAAAUUUAGAGCAAGAAGCUCCAAAACAAGGAGCUCCCUUUCAAUUUAAAUUACCUCCAAAAAAAAAGAAGAAACGUCCUCAAAUAAAUUUACCACAUGGUUUCCUUCCUAAUCCUGGAGAACUAGAUCCACAUCCUAUUAGAACUACUUUUGACUAUGCGAUACAACAUAAGAAAAUGUUAAAUGUUCUUAAACUUCCUCUUAAAGUAGCACUCCAGGAAUUAGAUAUUGAAACAAGUUCUGAAGAAGAACUUUUUUGUGAAGAAGACUUUUCUUCUAUAUUUAAAGAUAGAACCUCGAAAGAUAAAAAACCAUCCGAAAUUGACCCAGAAACAGGAAAGACUACUAAAACGAGUAAAUCAAAUCAAAGUAAAUUUCUUGAAAAAUGUCGACUGAAAAAACAAGAGCGUGAGCAAAGAUUGCAUAGUCCAAAGACUGGCCCGCAACAACAGCAUACACAUCAAUCUCAUAAAUUGGGUGCUCAUGAAAGACGACAGAGACAUCAACUUAUUCAUGAAGAAUCCUCUAGAUCUACAAGGCAUGUAAAAACACAUAAUGCUGCAAGUUUUCCAGUUUUGGAAACCCCUCUAAGACCUCGACGAAAAGCAGAACAUUCAGAUGAUACAAAACCUCAUGAAUCUAUUCCGCAAACAGGUGCAGGAAUGUUUAAACAAGAGACUUUAGAAUCACAACAUGUGGCUGCUAUAGGAACUAGAACGGGAUUAACACGGCAAAUUGGCCCAGAUCCUGCAGUUAGACCAAAGAUUCCAAGGCCUCGGCUCAAACGCGAAGAUUCGAUUCACGAAGAUCAUCAAAGAUCACGCCACAGAUCGGAUACUAGAAUAACUCGACAAGAUCAUCACGAGGAUUCCGAAUCUGAUGAGAGUUUGGAAAGAAAAUUCAUGUCGUUUCAUAUUUCAGGUUCUGGUUCUCGUAGCCAUGCAGCUUUGAAACACAAAGAACAAUCAACUCGUAGAAGUGGAGAAAGAACAAGAAGAGAGACUCGUGAAAAAACUAGUUCCCACCAUCAUAGGAAGGAAAAAACAGUCAAAAGUACUAAACUGGCAUUUGCAUCUGCAUUGGGAGGCAGUUCAUCUUCGGAAGGUAAAUCAAGUAUUGAUAAAUAUGAUUUGUCUGACAUUCUUGAACAGUCUAAUUGA